AUGGGGGAUCGACUCACGCAGCUGCAAGAUGCAGUUGAUCAGUUCGCUCAGCAGCUCGUUGCCUCUCUGCAUUUCGUCCAUAUGCGGCACGACCUCGAGCCAUUAGGUCCCAAGGACAAGAUCCGCGAGCCUAAGGAGCAGGUACCAAAAGAAGUGGACGCACUCCCCCCCCAAGAUUUUCGAGCCGGCCUGGUCGAGCUGGCGCGAGACCUGAUCGUGAAAGAACAACAGAUCGAGGUGCUCAUCUCCACGUUGCCCGGUCUCGACAACAGUGAGCAAGAUCAGGAGCGACACAUCAAAGACCUUGAAGAGGAUUUGAAAACGGCCGAGGCACAACGGGUGGAAGCUCUGAAAGAGAGGGAUCACAUUUUAAAACAGCUGGACUCUACUAUCCGUAUCAUACGGCGGCCAUGA